CAGCACAUUUGUCACCUUUGUUAGUUCUUCUGUCAGUUUACUGCUUCAAAGUCAACUGAAUUUAGAUUUACAAUUAGAGAGCAAAAUUGGAAAUACUUCAUCUCACAAAUUUUGUGCUACAUUUUUUCUACUGUGAAUUCAUGAAUAACUCUUCUCAGCUGGCGAGUUUCUUCUUCCUCAUUUUCAUCAUAGCGUUCACACACGAAUCGUCCAGUUCAGCGAUCAUCAAUCCAUCUAAGUCUAAGCAAAUUUCAUGGAAACCUAGAGCUUUUGUAUAUGAAGGAUUUCUUACGGAUGAAGAAUGCAAUCACUUGAUAUCACUUGCGAAAUCGGAGCUGAAGAGAUCUGCUGUGGCAGAUAAUGAGUCUGGAGAGAGUAAGCACAGUGAGGUUAGGACCAGCUCUGGAAUGUUCAUUUCCAAAGCUAAGGACCCUAUCGUCUCAGGGAUAGAGGAUAAGAUAGCAACUUGGACCUUUCUACCCAAAGAAAAUGGAGAAGAAAUACAAGUACUACGAUAUGAGGAGGGGCAGAAAUAUGAGCCGCAUUAUGAUUACUUUGUAGACAAGGUUAAUAUUGCUCGAGGUGGACACAGGUUGGCCACUGUACUUAUGUAUCUCACUGAUGUUGAAAAGGGAGGUGAGACUGUCUUCCCAAAAGCAGAGGAAUCUCAUCGACGUAGGUCAAUGGCAGCAGAUGACAGUUUGUCUGAAUGUGCAAAGAAGGGCAUAGCAGUGAAGCCACGGAAAGGAGAUGCCCUGCUUUUCUUUAGUCUCUAUCCAAAUGCCACUCCUGAUCCUAUUAGCCUUCAUGGUGGGUGCCCUGUACUUCAAGGUGAGAAAUGGUCAGCAACAAAGUGGAUUCAUGUGGAUUCCUUUGACAAAACUGUGGGUACCGAUGGAAAUUGCACCGAUGCUGAUGAGAAUUGUGAGAGAUGGGCUGCUCUUGGCGAAUGCACCAAGAAUCCUGAGUAUAUGCUGGGAAGUGCAGACCUUCCAGGAUAUUGUAGGAAGAGCUGCAAAGCAUGUUAAAUCUGUAUGCUUCUCUCUUCUACUAAAUUAGUGUCAAGAGUCGAGACAGUGACAGUAACUUGGUUUAGUUGUUUGUAUUUGAUGUUAACUCAAUCCAAAACAAGUUUUCUUCAACUUCCUCUUUUCCUUGUGA